GUUUUAACUUAAAAGCAAAACGUGGGCGGGGGGUGCAGAGCUUGUCGUCUCCUCUCAAAUCAAAGUCCCGAUAUCCGGACUCCUCGCGGUGAAGGUUGUGAUAAAGGAACCCGGGAACUUAAACGCUUUCCCAGAAACCAUAGAGUGCAGGAUAAUUUCAUAGAAAGUAGAAAGGUUCCCGAAGCGAAGAUGGAAGAUAGAGCUAGGGAAUUAUUAGAGUUGCCCAUUCUAAUCUUUAAUCAUAAUGAAGCUCUGCUUUCUAAUCAUGUUGAUUGUAAAGCUCUUGACUCUAGAGUAGAGUCCCCCCCCCCCGACCUUCCCGUCUUUGCGGACCGGGAUGGGGGGGGGGGAGGAGAUGUUUCCGCGCGAGCAUCCAGCGAGCGUGCACGUGCUCCCCCGCUGCUCGCGCAAGUGGGAAUGAUGAGCCCAAUCACUCGCCCCGCCGCUUCUUCCACGGCCCGGUUCAGAACGGCUCGCGGUCCCGGGGGUUGAGGACCCCUGCUCCAAAGUGGUUCCACCGUGCCUAUAAAAGUCGAGGAGGAGUAAAUGGCUCCUUUCCGUUUUAUUUUAAUUAAACCACAGGGACUAUUUAAGACCUGUGACCUUCAAGGGACAGAAUUAUGGGGGAUUCUGGGAGUUGGUCCAGGCGCGUUAAAGGCAACGAGGCUGAGAAAAAAAUGCUCUAUAAAACUGACACUUGCAUGCCACGGAGCUAUCUCGGCUUAAAAAAAUGCCACACCGAGUGAUUAUUUAACUUUGGCAUUAUUUGCUCCUCCUGCACACAAUGCCUUUUUCUGACUUUGUCUUGGCCCUAAAAGACAAUCCAUAUUUUGGGGCAGGCUUUGGCUUAGUUGGUGUGGGCACAGCCUUGGCCCUGGCACGUAAGGGAGCCCAGGUUGGCAUGAUGGUUUUCAAACGACAUUAUAUGAUCACUUUGGAAGUGCCAGGCAGGGACAAGAGCUACCACUGGCUGUUGAACUGGAUAUCUCACCAUGCUAAGCACACCCAGCACCUGAGCGUGGAGACUUCUUACCUGCAACAUGAGAGUGGCCGUGUCAGUACAAAAUUUGACUUUAUUCCCAGCCUUGGGAAUCAUUUCAUUUGGUAUCAAAAGAAGUGGAUCCGUAUAGAACGUAACCGGGAGAACCAGAUGAUUGAUCUCCACACAGGCACUCCUUGGGAGUCUGUCACAUUUACAGCAGUUGGCAAUAAAAGAGAUGUUUUUUUUAACAUCCUGCAAGAAGCCAAGGAAUUGGCUCUGAGACAGCAAGAAGGCAAAACAGUAAUGUAUACAGCAAUGGCUGCUGAAUGGCGGCCAUUUGGUUUUCCACGACGACAACGUCCACUCACGUCUGUCGUGUUUGACAAAGGAAUAGCAGACAGAAUUGUGCAAGAUGUGAAAGACUUCAUUGAUAACCCCAAGUGGUACAUUGAUCGAGGAAUACCUUAUCGGAGAGGAUACCUACUCUAUGGGCCUCCAGGUUGUGGCAAGAGCAGUUUCAUCACAGCCCUGGCUGGCGAAUUGCAGUACAGCAUCUGUCUUCUGAGCCUGAGUGAUCGAAGUCUCUCAGAUGAUCGCCUCAAUCAUUUGCUGAGUGUAGCUCCACAACAGAGCAUCAUUCUCUUGGAAGACAUAGAUGCGGCUUUUGUCAGUCGGGACCCUGCUGCUGAAAAAUCUGUUGCAUAUCAAGGCAUGGGACGCUUAACAUUCAGUGGCCUUCUCAAUGCGUUGGAUGGCGUAGCAUCUUCUGAAGCCAGACUAGUAUUUAUGACUACCAAUUAUGUGGAGAGGCUGGAUCCAGCACUGAUUCGCCCAGGCCGAGUAGACCUCAAACAGUAUAUUGGUCAUUGUUCGGAGUGGCAGUUCAAACAGAUGUUCCAGAGAUUCUAUCCAGACCAGCCAUCUGCUGUCGCUGAGCAAUUUGCUAAACAAGCCCUUUCCGUCUCUGAUCAAAUCAGUGCUGCACAACUCCAAGGUCAUUUCAUGCUACACAAAGAAGAUCCAGUUAAAGCCAUUCAGAAUGUGAAAAUGCUUACAUCUGAACAAACACUGAGAAAACACUGAAUGUGGUUUCUUGGGCCGUUCACCCAGCACCCAGUAACUAAGGGUGAUACCAUCAAUAUUUCUGCCUCAGUGAGGUGGUCCUUUUUGUAAAAAAUAAAGAAUAAAGCAAACAAUCUCAUUGCAUAUCCCUUAAAAAUAAAUUGGAGUUCAGAUUGAAUGGUUUCUUUCUUCUCCUCUCCAAACGAGUCUCUGCCUCAAUAACCACUUAGUAACACACUGAGAAGGCACUUGGUUCUUCAGAAUGGAUGGCUCUAGGGCCAUCUUCAAGCAACUUACAGGCUCCAGGUUAACUGGAUACCUGGGCAGAUCAACGGACUACAAAUAGAUUGGUUUUAAUUUUGCUUCGAAUAAAUGGAAUCUGUCUGGUAGCAUUAAGGGUUAAAUGCUUUUUGUAGAAUAUGAUAUUGAAAUAGAGCAGCUCACAUUGCUCUAUGUUGCUCUGGAUCUGCUUGACUUCCACUGACUUUUUUUACUGAGAACACAGUGAGCCUAUAAACUGUUCCAGUCCAUUCUUGCAAAUACCAUCAAAUACAGCCAAGGAAGACUCGUGCCACUCUUACUUUCAACCAUUAAAGAACCAAGCAUAUUUUUUUCAGAUCAUUGUCACUAGCACACCAAUUUGUGAGGCAUGAUAAUCCUACAAAAGUUCUGUAAAUUAUAUUGAUAUAAAUUUUGAUUUCUGAGAACUAUUGAAUAACAUGUAUGUGGGUGCAAAAACACAUUUACAUUUUCCCCUCUCCACUACUGUGGUAGAAUACAAUCCUCUGAUCCCAAGAUUGGGUACAACAAAUUUGGGCCAAAAAUGGUAGAAGAGAAGAAAUCACUGUUUGCAUUGCUUUUUAUAUUUCUGGCAUACUGGCAUUUAGAACUGAAGGCUCAGUGUAAUCUCUUUUGAAAUACAAGAAUCUCAAACUCUGGAGACCAACUGUUUAAUCAUAUAAAAUAAAAGGUACUUUGUUACUGACAGUAGUGAAAAGAUCACUAAAAAACAACCCUCACAUCCCAGUAUGCAGCUUAUUUGCAGACUUCUGGGUUCAGAGGACCAU